GAGCGAGUGUUUCAGAGCGCGCGUGCGAGAGACAGUCACAGCCCGGAGUGCUGCGAGCGAACAGGUUUAAAGUCAGUGAGGAGACCCGAGCGCCUCCGAGCUGAGGGAGAAGUUCCUGACAAGCAGGACUCGGAGCGCUGACUCGCGCUGUCAGCAUGCCUCACCCUGAGGACCCGCGAUAAGCACUUCUCAAACUGAGUGAAACCAGCGGAGCGCUGCUGUGAUGCUGAGCGCGCGGUGACGGCUCCUUCAUCCCACAGAAAACCCCAAAAAACCAUCUCGCUAAAAGAGAAAAGUAAGUCAUGGCUGCUCUGCGGCGCAAAUUCGGCGAGGACUACCAGGUGGUGAACACCAACCGAGGCGCUCCGUUCUCGGCGCCUGCGAGGAAGAAGCGGCAGCGCUUCGUGGAGAAGAACGGGCGCUGCAACGUGCAGCACGGGAACCUCGGCGGAGAGACGAGCCGUUACCUCUCCGACCUCUUCACCACGCUGGUGGACCUCAAGUGGCGCUGGAACCUGCUCAUCUUUAUCCUCACGUACACGGUGGCGUGGCUGGUGAUGGCCUCCAUGUGGUGGGUGAUCGCCUACAUCAGAGGAGACCUCAACCACGGCCACGACGCCUCGUACACGCCGUGCGUGGCUAACGUCUACAACUUCCCCUCCGCCUUCCUCUUCUUCAUCGAGACCGAGGCCACCAUCGGCUACGGCUACCGCUACAUCACGGAGAAGUGCCCCGAGGGCAUCAUCCUCUUCCUCUUCCAGUCGCUGCUGGGCUCCAUCGUGGACGCCUUCCUCAUCGGCUGCAUGUUCAUCAAGAUGUCGCAGCCCAAGAAGCGCGCGGAGACGCUCAUGUUCAGCCAGGACGCCGUGAUCUCGCAGCGCGACGGGAAGCUGUGCCUCAUGUUCCGCGUGGGCAACCUGAGGAACAGCCACAUGGUGUCCGCGCAGAUCAGGUGCAAACUCAUCAAGUCUCGUCAGACCCCCGAGGGUGAGUUCUUACCACUGGAUCAGUGUGAGCUGGACGUUGGUUUUGGGACGGGAGCUGACCAGCUCUUCCUCGUCUCUCCUCUGACCAUCUGCCACGAGAUCAAUCCCAAAAGCCCCUUCUUUGAUCUGUCCCAGCGCUCACUCAUGAACGAACAGUUCGAGAUCGUCGUGAUCUUAGAGGGCAUAGUGGAGACCACCGGUAUGACAUGCCAGGCGCGCACCUCCUACACUGAAGACGAGGUGCUGUGGGGUCACCGGUUCCUGCCAGUCAUGUCUCUGGAGGAGGGCUUUUUCCGAGUGGACUACUCACAGUUUCACAGUACCUUUGAGGUGCCCACGCCACCCUAUAGCGUCAAAGAGCACGAAGAGAGGAGCUCACUCCCCUCUCCUCUGGUCACGCCCCACCGUGAUCGGGUCUUCUCUGUCAACUGCUUAGACCUUGGUGAGGAGCGUGCUGGCCAGGGCAGUGGCAGCUCCUCCUGCAGGCUCCCCAGCAAACUUCAGCGUAUGAGCUCAUCCGGCAAAGAGGAUCUUCAGAGGAAGGUCCUACGUCUAAGUUUGCAGCCUUCAGAGAAAGCAUCCAGCACUGGAGACCUGCCCCUGAAGCUGCAGCGGUUGGGCUCUGGCCCAGCGCAGGGAGACGGCGAGAGCCGCUUCCACCUCAAGGCUCUGAAAGUGGGCUUUGAACCCAUGACCAUGUCCACAGGAGACCUCCACCAAAGGAGCUUGCCCCCUACUCCAGCGCCUAUUCCUACACACCCUCACGCACCUCUACAUUCACCUCUGCCCUCAACAGCAGGGGGGCGACCUGAGGACAACUUGCCUGCCAAGCUGCGGAGGAUGAACGCUGAUCGUUGAGGUCAGCCGGACACUUGGUCUGGUGGAAGUUGUUCUUUGCUGCUGAUCUGAGAUCAGAUUUGUGCAGCAGUCAUAGGUCAGAUUUGGUGGGACAGGCUGGUCCUGGAUCAGCAUAGAAAGAACAACUUCUAACCAGAAUUAGCAAAUAUAUGAAAUGGAUGUCCAGAAAUCAUGGAUAGACUUUGAAUAGCAUCAAGAUGGUGCAUGUGGUGAAUGCGAAGGACAGAAACAAGAGGGGACUGCAGGGAAGCUGAGAAGAGCAAAGACUGAUCCAUGCAUGAUGGGAGAGGGUUAUUUAGUUUGAAUAUGUGGUCGUUAGGGGUGUCACGAUUCACAUAUCAUUUUUUCCCCCUGAUACAAGGAUUGCACUGUGAAUCAAAUACAAUUCAAUUUUAUUUGCAUUAUCAGACAUAAUGACAGAAUUAGUCAUCGUUUCCAGAGGGGCUGGCUCUAGUUACUUGUUGGUAUUUCUGAAUGAGUACCUGAAUACUCGUUUGCAAAACCACGCUUAAAAAAAAAUAUUUACGUCUUAUAAUUCACCAGAUUUUUAACCCUAGAUGCAAAAUUUCUGAUUUCUUCUAUACUGAUUUCUGCUGUCUUCUAUAAUCUUCUCUAGUUAUUUCUCAGUGUUGAUGUAGCUUUUAUCUGAUAUGUAAAGAACAUGAACCAAAAAUUCAGAUUUUUAUUUUUUCACAAGUUACCAUUUUGAACACGAAAACACAUGAAAAGGAAUAUAAGUCACACAUCAGUCAGUCUGAAUUCUGUUCUGAAUGAGCUCACAUGCUCGAUGGUACGUCUAACAAUAAAGGAAACCUCAUGUACAUUUUAUGCUCUUACUGUAUAAAAAAAGACAAGUAGCACUGUAGCACACAGAAAGCUCUGAUUCUGCAUUCUGAACUUACUGAUGCGACUGAACUCCUCUGGCAGCAAAUUGAAAUGAGUAGCUUUUCCUUCAGUAUCUGGUAUUGUUGCCUGUCAGGUUCACGUGGUUAUGUAUGUUUGUUACAGCAACUAACAGUAUCUAGUAGGCAGCAACAGUGUGUUAACACCAAGUGUGGGAAACAUAAUUGAUACUGAGAAAUAUUUUUUUUUGGGAAAGACUUUGAAUUAAUUUAUAAAUGCUGUCUAUAUAUAGGUUCUGCAUUUACCCUACUAAACACUCACAGACUUUAUAAAGUAGGAGACUUUGGCACAGCCUGGAUUGGAGCAGGACAGAAAAUGCAGGAUCUCACUAAUAUGCACAUGGCAGAGGUCAGAAAAUGGUCGCAAAUUUUAUGAAUAUGAAGUAAAAGGCCUAAAACCAUAGUAAACAUAGUCGACAUAAGAGCAUGGCUUUGUUUAACAUCCACUAUAGGAGAUGCUAACCAGCUUACAUGUUAAUCCAGUAAUAUUAAGAGAAAUAUUUAAUGAAGGAUAAAUCAUAAAGCAAUAAAAAAAUGCUAGGAGGUUUCCCAGACUGUGACAUACCAUCUGAGCUUUAAUGUCCUGAUAGUUCCGAUGAAUACUUCAUGGCUGUCCACAAUCAUAUAGUUGAAUUCCAGCGCAAUUUCACUAUAAGAACAGAAUGUCUUUAAUAUGUAAAGCAUGCGAUCAUUGCUUUGGAAACUUACUUACAUGAGCAAUUGUGGCAGUCUGGGGUUUCUCCAGGAGGGGGCACAAGCAAGUUGCUUCUGUUACACUUAAAUAUUGCAAGUGAUUCACCAAACUUGUUGCAUCUGUGUGGUUUGCCAACCUAUUAUCUCAUAUUUUGUGUUGAUAAUUUUUCUUGACGUCUGAUAAUGUAAUGUACUUUUAGCUUCAGGGCCUACAUGGAAGGCAACACAGCUUGUAGUUAAAGCUACAAUUUCUGUGGUUAAAAAAAGACAAAUCCUCUACAAACUAAAUACAGUAAUGAAUACCACUAAGCAAAUAAAUACUCAAGUAUUCAGACCAUUCAGGCCAGUCCUCACUUCCCCUUUUCUAUUAUUCUGACAAAACACUGCAUAAUUCUAAAAUAACUGAAAUUUCAGAGAGCCAUAAAAACUCCACUGUGCUGCGAAUUUAUUUAUUUGACUUGUCUUAAUUAUCCUUUCACCAGUUUCAGCAGUCUUAGCAACUGGACAUAUAAACAACAAAAGCAUAAUGAAAGUUCAGUUUCACUUUUGUUUUGGAAAUAUAUUGUAUUGCAGUGCAUAAACCACAAUAUAUAUCACAUUGAAAUUUGACCCGCUUUACACUUGAUCGUUUCAUGUGACUUGCAUCUGGAUUGUGACCUGAUAAGAGUUUAACCACAUGCAAGUGAUGGUCAGAUGCAGUUCAGGUUAGUCAGAAUGAAAGCUGGUUGCUGUAUAGUAUAGCACAGUAACAUGCAAAUUAGAGGUGUGCAAACUUUGAUAUUCAAGUAUCCAUGAGUGUGUAAUAAAACAGACUCGGCCAACAUUUAGUAUAUAUGAGCUGUAGGCUUGAUUUUUUAGGCAUCCGCACUGGUGUAGCACAAAAAGUAGAAUCCUGGUGCUCAAGAUGCAUGAAACAACCAGGUGCAAAAGGGGAAUUUGUGCAUCGUUACACCCCUAAGUGUCCAUUUCACAGAACACCAGACUCUAGCUGGGAUUAAUGUUUCUCUGCUGCUUUAGCCGGUUACUUCAAACUAUGUUCACGCCCACAAACACACAUGUCACCAUGUGUGCAUGCAUUCACAUCCACCAUCUCUGUGUAGCACCCCUCCCUCAUCCCAUAGUUUUGAACUGAAUAAAUUCUAUUUAAGAGGCCCCUGUUGUA